CGCAGACAGGAAGAAAGACGGACAGAGAGAGAGAGGCAGAAAGACAGACAGAGAGACAGGCAGAGACAGGCAGAGACAGGCAGAGACAGACAGAAUCAGACAGAGACAGGCAGAGACAGGCAGAGACAGAGAGAGACGGACAGGUAACCCAGGUGCUUUGUAUCUCCUCCAUGAUGGACGACUACACCUUCCCCUCCUGGAUAUACCUGGGCGUCCUGGCUGUGUUUGUGGGCGGCGCCAUGAAGCGGCUCCUGGCGUCCCACCUGGGCCCCGCCCCCCCCCUGGUGGCGUGGCUGGGCGCCACGGUGCUGGCGGAGCGUCUGUGGUCCUUCUGCCUGCCGGCCGCUCUGCUGCUGGCGCUGCUGGGUCUCGCCUGCUGCCUCUACUCCGCCGCCAGGACCGGCCUGGCGCGGCCCGGCGCCGCCUUGCCGGCCCGCGGAAAGGCCGUCCUUGUCACAGGAUGUGACUCUGGUUUUGGGACCGCAACGGCAAAACAUCUGGACAAUCUCGGCUUCGAGGUGUUCGCCACGGUGUUGGACCUCUCGGGAGAGGGAGCUCGAGAACUGGAGAGGAGCUGCUCCCCCCGCCUCACCCUCCUUCAGGUGGACAUCACCCAGCAACAGCAGGUCCACCAGGCCCUGCUGGACACCAAGGCCAAGGUGGGCCUCAAAGGUCUGUGGGGUUUGGUGAACAACGCCGGCGUGUGUGUGAACUUUGGAGACAUUGAGCUCUCUCUGAUGUCUAACUUCCGUGGCUGCAUGGAAGUCAACUUCUUCGGCACGCUGAGCAUCACCAAGAGCUUCUUGCCGCUACUGCGUCAGGCCAAAGGUCGCAUCAUCACCAUCUCCAGCCCAGCGGGUGACCAGCCGUUUCCCUGCCUAGCAGCGUACGGGGCGUCCAAGGCAGCUCUGAAUCUCCUGGUCAACACACUGAGACACGAGCUGGAGCCCUGGGGGGUCAAAGUGUGCACCAUCCUGCCCUCCUCCUUCAAGACCGGUCAGUCCAGUAACCACGCCUACUGGGAGCAGCAGCACAAGCAGCUGCUGCGGACUCUGCCGCCGGCGUUGCUGGAGGAGUACGGCGAGGACUACCUGACGGAGACAAAGGAGCUGUUCCACCUGUACGCCAGCCAGGCCAACACCGACCUCAGCCCCGUCACCGACACCAUCGCCCGGGCGCUGCUGGCGCCGAGGCCGCGGGCACGCUACUUCGCCGGGCCCGGCGUGGGCCUCAUGUACUUCAUCCACAGCUACUGCCCCCUCAGCCUCAGCAGCCGCUUCCUCCAGAAGCUCUUCCUGAAGAAGAGGCUAGCGCCGCGCGCCCUGAGGGACCCGCCGGGCUUUGACCCAGACCUUGGCCUCGGCCUAAACAACAACAACAACAACAACAACAAGUAAGAGGAAGAGGUGGAGGAGGAGAAGCUGAAAUAGCUGGUCUGCAGGAGGACCAGAGCUGUCUUUCUGUACAUGAGCUGCUCACGGGGUCAAGGGGUUUCUGCCCCCUCCCCCCAACCUCCCUGGAGGUCAAAGGUCAGCCGGAAAAGUCUUCCCCUUCAGUCAGCAAGAUCAGCUGACUUUACGUGCCUUCAUUACACACAGAGGAAAGAUGGCGGAUCUCUGCACAUAAUUACGUCCUCACAUCUCAGUCACAUGACAAACAUUUGGUCCAAUGAGCUUUAGAGAUGUCAUCAUUAUUAAUAUUUGGGACCCUCUGAGUGUAUUGUUUAUUGUCUGCUGCGAAGUGACAGGAACAAGAAUCCUUUCAAAACAAAAGUGUAUUUAAUUCAUUUUAUCGUCACAACCAAAAUAUUUUCAAUAUUGUUUCAUUUUGAUUUUCAGACUUUUGACUGUUACAAUAAAAGCACAGAAAAUAAAUGUAGAUGAAUCAGAUGGUUUACGUUUGGUUUGACUUCUAUUCAUCCUCGUUAAAUAUCUCCUGGUUUCCUGUUUGGUUAUGAUCCAAUAUUUGAACCUAAUUACGGUUUCAGUCACACCAUAAAGCUCCAAAUCAAUACGCUCUAUUUGUUGUAGUUCAGAGUCGGAAACAACGAUGUUAGAAAGUCAAUCUUUUUCAAAUAGGUUUGCACUUUUAUGAACUUUUUUAUGUUCUGUUUUUAUUCUGCCCAUGUUUUAUUUUAAUCUCUCUCAAACUGUGAAUUUUGUAUUAAAUGAAUAUAAUUUUUUUAAACAAUGCCACAAUUAUGAUGUUGAUGGUUACUUGUUUUGUCUUUGAUCGAAAUAAAGUUGCUUUUCUGACUUCUGAA